AUGCUCUUCAAUCGGGAGGAACGGUCAGCCUUGCUAGGUCCACGCGGCCUUGAUAGCAAUGAAGCCAAUGAUGGUGGGAUAUUUGCUGGUGGUAACAACAAAGGUGUUUCGGGUGGAGGACCUGAUCCAAGUAGUCUGAACAACUACAGCACAUUUUUAAAUAAAGAUUCUGUGGGUAAACUGAAUGAUGAUAUUGAGCGAACACGUCGAACAUUAAAUGAGUCCGAACAGCUAGCCAAAAAUGUGCUUGUGGAUCUGGAGCUACAGCGUUCGCAACUUCACGACAUGAAUAAUAUGGUUUCCGAGACCUCAAGCAUGACAGGCCAACACUGUUGA